ACACUAUACGAUGUUGUUGGAACUUAUUCUUGGACGAAGUUGAUUAUUUUCUUUAAUUUGUACCGCUAUGUAAUCUAAAAAUCACAAGUUCGACGCGUAUGACAAAAAUCCAACAAGGUAUGGCAAAAACAGUGCAUAACAUACGAAUUAACGAACACUGUCUAUCUCUCUUCUUAUGUUCCAGAUGAAUGCAGCCUUUGCAGAAAAUAAGAUCAAGCUGAAGAUGAAAGUUUACGACACCUAUGUGAUGAAUGAGGAACAGGACAGGACCCACCUCCAGGAACUUCCUGGUAGACAGGUUCAGUCAAUUGACCCAUAUGUAGCCCAUGAGACACUUAAAACAAAAAUUGUUGAAUACCCUGGGAGCAACGAGUCCGACAUGGUCUUCGUAUUCACGAGGAAGGUGCUCAGGAACGCAACGAAUGAGGAGACGUAUUUAUAUUGGUACUACACAGGAAAAGGACCCUGUGGAGGACGCUUGGAGCCCAACAUCUUCUACGACGCUCCCUUUUCAUAUAAAGCUAUUGUACAAUCUAUGUGGAUCACCACCCUGGUCAGGAUAGCGAAGGAGGAUGUAUGUGAUCUCGAACAUACUGAACAGUGCUACCAACAUCUCAUCCCUGCAUAUAAGGAGGACUUGAAUAGAAGCCUAUGCCACACAACGACAGACACGAAAAACGCGCCUACAUUUUCAGGAGUAGUGGGAUUCCGCAUAGAUGAAUUCUGUAAGACAAGCGCUACUGUGUAUGGAAGGAGAGCGGGCAAAGUCUCUGUAGUGGGCCAAUCAUGUACCACGCAGUGUGGGAUUUCGGUGGGAUAUGACAUUAUACAUCACAUCAGCUUCCUUGGUCCAUGCAAGGCUCCGCAGACUUCCGGACAAGCAUGCUUCGACGACGACCAUGAGCUGUGCUUCUUCGAGCACUGUGGAAGGAAAUACAGCGAGAUAAGGCGCUGGCCCGUCGUAAUUGGAACCUACCAGACAGUCAUUACGACGAAGAUGCUGCUUGUGCAAAAUAUCCUUGAGGUGGGCGUUCAUCUGCUCAAGAUUGCCUGGUCUUGUCGUGCACGUUACAUCGAUUCGACAAAGCGACUGCUGCCGCUGUCUUGUUUUCAAUAUUCCCUGCAUUGA